CUUGUUAAGAAUGCAUUGUAAAUUGUGUAAAAUUUCUUUUCCCGCUGGUACCGAAAACAAUGUCUCGAAGGACGGAACGAAUUGAAAAGCGUGUUGAGCUAGCGUCGUUGGUAAAGGAGCGUAAACAGCUGCGUACUACCGAAUCCACGCUUCAGUCAAUGUUGGAGAAAAUCAACCAACAACUAAACCAAUUGCUAGUAGAAGAACUGGAGCUCAAAUCUCGGGAUGCACAGCUGACCAUGAGCGCCGAGAAUCGGCAGCCGUCGGAACCGCAAGCCGGUUGCUCCAGCUCAAACCCCACCGAUGUCAAUAAGCAGGUGCUGGAUCUGGGAGUUGGGAAAAUGAUAUGCUUUGAACUGCUCGAGGAAUCUGAGGAGAACGAGCUUUAGGCUGGGACAACAGACAAAACACCACUCAACAUCUUAACAUCGUUACGACACAGAUAAGAAAAUUACAACGAAGACACCGAUUAGCUUUCAGUUGCACUAAAUAAACUCGUUUACUUAACAAAUAGACCACACUUUUUUCACAUUCCGUUCCCACACUGCCAUCAAUCUCACGGUUUUUGCUCCGUCGUCCCCGUUCCGGUAUCAAGCUUUUCCCCUUCUGGUGGCUUCUGUGGUUUCAGCUCCUGAUCUAUUCGUUCUUUCGCUCGAAACACUUUCGAUUGCAGAUAAAACGAGCCCCCCCUCGACUUUUCGUUCACCUCAAACAAGUGGUCAAACUGUUUCUUCACCUCCUCCGGAUCGA